GAAAAAGUAGCCAGUUCGAAGCAAAGUUCGAGCGGGUAGCGACAUCCGAUUUACUGCCAGAUAGUCUUCAAUUUCUAAAUGAAGAAUUUUGUCAAAUCGCAGAUGAUCGGCGCCUAAUUGUUGCCUGCUAGCUUUUUUCACUUGGACGCCAUUCGUUUGGUCCUUUCCCAGCAUUUUUAUCGGACACAUUCAUCCGCGAGUUCUUGCAGUUGUAUGUGGUAACACCUUCCGACAAACUACCUGUGGUCGGAUACCGUUGCAGCCAGCGACCAAGUGAAAACGUGACAAGUUUGGGCUUUUAUUCGGAAAGAACUAAACGAAAAUGACGGUUCUUGGGAUGGCCUCCGCAGUGGCGGGCUUCGUCAAAGUCCGCUUCUUAGUCGAUAAAGCCAAUAUUGACAACAUGAUCUUCCGCGCUCAUUACCGCAUCACUUCUGCCAUUCUGUUUCUUUCCUGCAUUGUUAUCACCGCAAACAACCUGAUUGGUGAACCGAUUCAAUGCAUCAACGAUGGCGGAGUUCCCGGCCACGUAAUCAACACCUACUGCUGGAUAACGUACACCUUCACUCUGCCUCAUGAGCAAGGGAAAACUGUCGGGAGCCAAGUGGCCGCUCCCGGAUUGGGGAAUGAGAACCAGGAGAAAAUGUACCACAGCUACUACCAAUGGGUGCCAUUCGUUCUAUUCUUCCAGGGCAUCGCCUUCUACAUUCCUCACUGGAUCUGGAAGAAUUGGGAAGAAGGGAAAAUCCGCAUGAUCUCCGAAGGACUCCGAGGUCUAUUGAUUAACGAAAAGGCAGGACGGGAGCAAAGACAAAGCCGCCUGGUGCAAUAUUUGAUUGAAACCCUGCACCAACAUAACAGCUACGCCAUCGGGUACUUUGCAUGCGAACUCCUCAAUUUCAUCAAUGUCAUUCUGAACAUGUAUUACACCAACAAAUUCCUCGGCGGCACUUUCAUGAGCUACGGAACCGAAGUGCUGAGCUUUUCGGGAAUUAAUCAGGAAAAUCGCACGGAUCCAAUGGUUUCGGUCUUUCCCAGACUGACCAAAUGCACGUUUCACAAAUACGGAGCCUCUGGCUCAAUCCAGCGAUUCGACGCCUUGUGCGUCUUGGCAUUGAACAUUCUCAACGAAAAAAUCUACAUAUUCCUGUGGUUCUGGUUCAUCAUCAUCGCUGUUCUAUCGGCAGUGGCUGUUGCUUACUCAGCUGCGGUAAUCUUGCUGCCUAACGUGCGUGAAACUAUCCUGAAAAGGCGCUUCAGACUUGGCACCCCUAAAGCAGUGGACACUAUCGUUAAGAAGACCCAGGUCGGAGACUUCCUGCUCCUUCACUUGCUGGGCCAAAACCUGAAUGUGCUGGUAUUUGGCGAGAUUCUGGAAGAAUUCGUGCGCAGGCUAAGCUUCGGAAGCAGCGGCAAUCUUCCUUCGGCUCCCAGUACCAUUGAGAUGACUCCGACUUAUCCGGAAAUUGAGCGGUUUGUAAAAGAAACCGAAACAUAAGUAGUCGACUGACCAUAGUGAAACCUUUUUUAUCGCUAAGAAACUUUAUAGAUUUGUAGGAAAUUCUUUUAAUUCUUGAGAGUGAUGACUCAAUUAGCUCAAAUGCUAUUUUUAUAUUUGCUCAUGCUUAAAUGUGUUCGGUUAAAGUAUUUUGUGUCGUGGUGCUAUCUGUGUCAAUAUUGUCUCAGCAAUAUUAGUUAGUUAUAAUUAUAUAGUAUUGUACGUUGGAAUUGAGCAGCAGAGAAGUCCCGCAUCCUAAUAUUGGUCUGCCGAAAACAACCUGUACAUAUGAAGUACGUGGACCAUUCUAAGUUUAGUUUUACCUACAUUUAUUCCAUUUUUCUUGUGCAACCGUACCGGAGAUGCAUUUAUUCAUUGUAGUCGUUUAAGCUGAAUAGCAUAUUGCGUAAUUUUAGGUGACAAGAGAAUUUAGACAUAUCCAGUACUACAUAGGUUCAUGUGUGCCAAUUCAUGCAUAUAACGAAACACUUUUUUUUAUUAAUUUAGUUGCUUUUAAAGUAUUUUUGCUGUAUGGCUAAAGGUAAUAAGCGAGGUCGUGAUCUUAUGGGACCAAAUUAAGCAUAAGUAUUUAAUUGAAUUGUGCCCGUCAGUAGUUAGUAGAUUUCUAUGUACUUAGAUCGAUAAUAUACUGUAAAAAAGU